CGCCAAAAUCCGAGCAUUAGUAACAUAGGCAAUUAGGCACACACAUUCUUCUUCUCUACUCCAUCCCUUUACAGCUCCGAAGAGUUUCAAGUGAUAGAACUCAUCCCCAAUUGUUAAAAUUUGUAACUGAAGAGCUCUAAAUGGAAGGAUCAAAUAAGCAUCAAUCUUUUUUCCAAGAUAUCAAAUCAAGAGAGCUUCACGGAUUCCGAGUUAAAAAAAGACCAUAUAUCAGCAUUGAAUCGUCUGAGGUUGACCAAAUUGGUGCCCUCGCUGUUGAGCACAAUGGCAACACGCCACCUCCAAUGGCCGUCUCCUUCUGCAAGACAAGUAAAAAUUCACAUAUUCUUGCUGUUGCUGAUGAGGGUGGCUAUGUUAGCUUGUAUAAUACCAGGUUGAAAUUUCCCCCUUCAUCAACACACCAGCAAAAUGCAGAAAAAGCUAAGAUGUCAGAGUGGGUCGCUCAUGAAAAUGCUAUAUUUGAUGUAUGUUGGAUCAAGGAUGAUACAAAUAUCUUAACUGCUUCAGGCGAUCAAUGCAUAAAGUUAUGGGAUGCACAAGAAAAGCAAUGUAUUAGAGCAUUAAUGGGUCACACCGGGAGUGUGAAAUCCAUUUGUUCUCAUCCUACGAAUCAGGAUAUUAUUGUAUCUGGUUCAAGAGAUGGGUCCUUUUCCCUAUGGGACUUGAGGAGCUCGUGCAGCAGCAGUCAGAUAUUUUCCAUACCGUCAAUUGCAGCAAUCCACAAGGCUCACGUUUCUCCUCGUCAGAGGCGGGUUAAAGGUGGAAAGGCUACUUCCAUGAGCAUUACUUCAGUCCUUUACCUGAAAGAUGAGAUCUCCAUUGCUACUGCUGGAGCAGUUGACAGUGUCAUAAAGUUUUGGGAUACCAGGAACCUGAAGAGUCCUAUUCUCCAGGCAUGCCCUCAUCCUAAUGUGUCAUCCCAUAAGGGAAAGCGAUUACAUGGAGUAUCUAGUUUAUCUCAAGAUUUAAAUGGCGUGUUUAUUGCUGCUUCAUGCAUGGACAGCAGAAUCUAUCUCUACAAUGUGCUUCAGCCAGAAAAAGGGCCAGUGAAAACAUUCACAGGAUGCCAAAUUAAUUCAUUUUUCGUUAAGUCAGCGAUAAGUCCUGAUGCAGCUCAUGUACUCAGUGGUUCCAGUGAUGGAAAUGCCUAUAUAUGGCAGGUGAACAAACCUCUAGCAGAUCCCCUUGUAUUGAAAAACCAUGAUGGAGAAGUUACAGCAGUAGACUGGUGCCCAUCCGAGACAGGAAAAGUUGCUACAACAUCAGAUGAUUUCACGGUGCGCUUUUGGAACAUUCAAAGCAGUUGUUACUCAAACACAAGAUCUCCAUCGUCCAUUCGAAGAAGAGUAAUGGGACUUACUAACAUAGAACGUCGCAAGCUGUUCACUGAUGAAAAACCAGAAAGCAUCAAGAAUGAGUCUGACUGUCAUUCAGAAAAUUUGCCUAGUUCAACUAAGACUCCUGAAAUCAGCACUCCAGAGUCACAUAAGAUGAAACAUUUUCAGAGUUUUGAAGUUGAAGAGAACUUUGAGAGAACUCCAGAAGCUGCAAGCAAGAGCCCCUCUUCGGUUCUGAAUCCUCCAUCCUCUUUGAAGAGGACGAUUAGAGAUUAUUUUAUGCACAGUCAAUGAGAUUAACAUUAUACAUUAAUGAUAGAUUUCCAGUAUAUACAAUUAUGCACAGUCAAUGAGAUUAACAUUAUACAUUAAUGAUAGAUUUCCAGUCAGAUAGAUUAGGAACACCUUUA